AAGGGCUAGGCCGAAUGGUGCUAUGCAAUAUAAACAUAUCUAAAUCAAAAUUAUGCAAAACGACUGAAAACUACGCAAUUGUUCAAACAACAACAUGGGUGAAGAAUGACUACCCUAUUACUAGGCCUCAACAAUGCUGGGAAAAUCCCGUACCUAUAACAUAAACAAUGGAAGGGGACGUUUCUAGCAACAGGCAAUGCCAUCACGCGGGGCUUAUGACGUACGAACAAGAACUAUGCCACAGCUAAUUACAUGCAAAAAGGAAAAAUCUUAACAGCUGACUGUUGUUUUUUAUUUCUGAUGGCCUACGUCUUUCCUCUCUCCAUUGUUCCGCAUUUUUUCCUCAAACACCCCCCUACCUACACAAACACCCUAUUUAAGAGGUUUUUGAUGAUCGGAACAUUAUCAACAUUUGAAAUUCAAAUUAAAGACAGCAGGCUGUAUCAAGUUUUAUAGUUCUAUCAAUAUGUCUGAAAUAAACGACCUCUCAGAAAUUCUUCAAAACCCUGAAAUGUUGGCUGUUUAUUUGGCUGCUCAACAGCAACAGCCUCAGUCAUCACAGACUCCUGAUUUGCUCGAUGCAGAUGGUGAAGAUGAAGAAGACACGGAAGAGAUUACUGAUAGUGUAGAGUGGGAAAGAGAGACAUUCAUUGAAGCCAUUAGAGAGUUGCGAUGUCUUUGGGAUGUGAAUCAUCCAAUGUAUGAAGACAGAACAGCAAAGCAAAAUUCGUGGAAAAAGCUGUCAGCCAUGUUCAACAAAAAUAUUGACUUCCUUCAGAAACAAUUAAAGAAUCUGAAAGAUACUUUGAAAAAAUGUUUGGACAAGCGAAAUCGCAUGACCCGGUCUGGUGCUGCAGCUGCAACGUUGCCAAAAUGUAAAUUUUUUGAGCAAAUGGCAUUCUUGCAUGAAAAAAGUGCAAAUAAACCUACGGAGAGCAACCUUUCACCAAUGGAAGCUGGAUUUGUUAUACAGGCAGAUGAGCCCCAGUUCUCCAUGCCAAGUCCUAGCGGCAGUGUCGCAAGUAGCUGUUCUGCUACUGCAACUUCGUUGAAGAAGAUAAAAAGAAAAAUAACGCCACACACAAAGAAGACACGCACUGACUUGAGCGAAUCAGAUUUGAGUAAGUCCCUGGUCGACUGUGACGUACUACUCAAAAAAUCUUUAAGUGAAGAUGAAGAUGAAGACUCUCUGUACUGUCAUAGUUUGAUACCGAUAAUGAGAGAGCUUCCGAAAAAACAGAAACGCCUUGCUAAGAUUAAAAUAAGCCAACUGCUCUUUGAUCUUCAGUAUAGUGAAGAUGAUUAAGAAAUUUAGUAGCUACAAAGUCUGUGAUAUAAAUAUAAUUGAUGCAAGACUGAAGCGUUGUUUCUACAAAAUAAGAAAAUCAUUCUAUAAAAUUUUUUAUAAUAAUACCUUGAUAAUUGUUGGGAUUCAAUAUUCUAAAAAAUACUUGAAUUUUAGGCCUUAAGAUAUUUUAAAAUUAUUCUGAAGUAGCUGUUUCCAUUCAUUGAAAUUUCGCUCAGAACUCACAUAAAGUCACAUUUGUUUCGAACUACCAGCAACAAAGCAUAAUGAACAUGAAAUUUAAAAAAAAAAUCAGACCGUUGUUGACUUUUGAGCAUGAUUACUGUUCUUGAUUUUUUAAAUUUGGCAAUUUCGAGCCCCCUUGUUUUCUUAUUAUAAACUAUGUUCUUAUAAUAAGACAAGCGUUUAUUAUGUAUACAUGAAAAUUCCUGUUAUAAUUGAUAAGAAAUAUAUUAGAUAUAUGCAGAUGUAUAAAGUUAAAUUAUAAAGUUAAAUGAUUUUAGUAUGUUCUUGUUACCAUAUCGACUUGCCAUUCAACAGACCCUGCUGGUGAGCAGAAAUACUCCUUGAAGUCGUCUCUUACUUAUUUUGCCUCUCGUGAAUAAUUAUUAGAGGAUAUCUGGGGUAUUGUUUCAAGCGCAGAGCUGGUAGUGUUUUCCUGCCUCCAAUCACCUGGCCUAAACCCACAAGGUCCUUCUGUAUCCGUAUAGUUUGGAGGACAAUAGUUUAAAUCAUUUUGAGCAUUACUUUUGCUCAUAAGAAAGUUAUGCAAUGCGACUACGGCUUUUGUAAUUUGGAUGACCUUCUCUACUUUUGCAAUUAUUGGUCUACGAAAAAUUCUAAAACGACUGGUUGCGAUUCCAAAUGUAUUUCCAAUAACCUGUCUGGACCUGGAUAGCCUGUAAUUAAAGAUUCUUUGAUCCAAGGGGAUAUUUCUGUUUGGGUAUGGCUUCAUCAUAUGCUUCUUAAACCCAAAAGCAUCAUCGGCAACAAAUACAAACGGAAGCACCUUAUCUGAGUUCUCGCUUACUCUUUCUGGAUCUGGAAUAUCAAGCGUAGCCUGCUCGAUGGCGUACCCAAGAUUGCUAUUAUUGUAAACGCUGCCAUCACUUUGCCUUCCCGAGUCUCCAAUGUCCACCAUAAAAAACUCGUAAUUUGCAUUACAAACUGCUAACAAAACAAUGCUGUUUGUCUUUUUAUAAUUAAAAUAUUCAGAGCCGGAAUUAGAGGGUGCCUGCAUGACAACAUGUUUUCCAUCAAUUGCUCCAAGAGCAUGGGGGAAAUUCCACUUAUUUGCAAACGCUUUAGCAAUGGCUUUCCACUAGCGUCUAUUUGAGGGCACAUCGAGAAAACCUCUUUCUUUUAGCGAAAUCCAUAUUGCCUCGCACAUUUCACUUAUUAUGCCAGUAAUGGUCGAGGGGCUCAUUCUAAAACUGGCAGCAAUCGUAGACUGUGCAUCACCUGUAGUCAGGAAUCUCAACGUUACUCCAAGCCUCUCACUUGCACCAACAGGAUCUCGCAUGUUUGUGCGUUGUUUCGUUAUCUUUGUUGCAAUAAACAAUAAAAGCUCCUCAUAUGUAGUUGGCGACAUUCGAAAGUAUUUAAAGAAGUAUUCCUGGUCAUGUAAGCGUAAGUCCCUUACCAAAAGAUGAAACUCCCCCUUCUGCAGACGUUCUGAAUAAAAUUUUCGAACCCAGUACCGCUUUCUUUGCUUUUUUGCUCGCUUUUUCAACAAAAUUAGCUUUAAGAUUAUAACCUUUUUUAAUAACAACAAUCUUCGAAAAGACGCAAUGUUCAUUUGCAUUAUUCGCGGCGAAUUCGCAAAAUAAAUUUUGCCAGUGGAAAUUAAACUUCGAAUUCGCAGCGAAUUCGCAGGCGAAAAAUUCGUGGCGAAAAAUUCGCUUCGCGCGAAAAAUUCGUCUCGUGUAAAUCAGGCUUUAUAUGGAGUGAGUAGGAAAGAGCGAAUGUUUGAUAUUUAGUUUGUCAAAUUGAAUUUGUAGAAAAGAACUUUGAUAUGAAUCAAAUUUCUUUCCUCUUGGUAAGGCCAAAUUAGUAAUCUUUGUCGUGAAAAUGUACCCCGAAGGUAUUUUAUAGACCUAAAGAUGCGGGGAGGGACGCAUUGUGCUGAAGAAUAAUUACAAGCAACGAUUGUGGUUUCGAAACAGUAUAAAAAUAUCAAUGAUUAUAUAAAAUCAAAAAUUGGCUACCAUAUUUAAACUCUGUUAUUAAUAUCCAAGCAUUGAAUUAUGACCUAUUUGCAGCUUUUUCUAGAGUUAGGCCCCAGAUAUCUCAUAGCAGUUUCUGAAAACAAAGAAAGAAAAAGUAACUAAAUCACAUCUUUGUACAAAUGUGUUAAGAAGAUUAUGCAUUGAGUGGCUAAACAUUGUUGCUGGAUCGGUUUUAAAACAGAUCAAUCAUUAUUUUCUGGAAUUUCGACGAAACAGAAAACACCACAGCAAGCACCGCGACUGUCAAUGCUUGGAAUUUGCGAAUGACGGCUUAUUUUUCCAAUAUUAACAUCAAUUCAUAAAUUUAAGUGCAAUAUAAGGCCACUCACCAAAUUUCACAUCGAUAUUCGAAAGAGAAGUGAACGAAAUCAAACCUUACUUUUAUCAAAUUUAUAAGGGCUCAGUAUUGAGCAAGUUCCUUUUUGGCACUAUUCGAAAUGGCGGAAGUAAACAAAAUUGCCUCACAGCGUACCGGUGAGUUAGACAUCUAGCGCCUUCGGCGCUUCUAUAUCAUUGGCAGAACCACAUGUCUUUCUUUGAAAGAAAAGAGGCUGCAAGUAUUUCUUCAUGAAAAUACACUGUGCAUGACAACCCUUUCAAUAUUUGCAAGUUCUGUAUGUUUUAACUCAGCUGGCCCUCGGAACUCCUCUGCAUUUAUUAGGUCUUCCACUCUUUGCAAAAGCUCUAUUUCAAGACACAACACGAUAUUGAUCACAAAUUUUGCACACAACAUUGAAUGCAAAAUGCCUGGUCUUGCAUGUGGCUCCUUCGGGGUGGUAGGCAGCAUAAUGAAUUUACACAACGUACGUCUCAUCGAUGCCGCACAAUCGCACAAUAUGAUUUGUUAGUUGUUGCCUGUAAGAACUUUUAAAAAACCAUCAGCCUCGCGGACACCCCAAAUCUGACUACACUGGAUCCCUGCGAUCUCCCCGAUAUCAUCUUCAUGGAUCCUUGACUUUCAUAUGAUUACGUAUACUG